UCUAGCCAAGAAUAACAAAAACUGUGUUUAGGUUCCCCUAGGGCCUGGAUCGUUGAAUCAAUGUCUGCUUUUAAACCUGAGUCGGUGUUGGCAGACCGGGCGGGGUCAUUUAAAAUGCUAUAAAAUCCAGUUUUUGGGCCUUUUUGCCCUAAUUUGCUUUGCCUCUCCCUCGUCGCUCGGUCUCGACGACUCUCAGGCUUUCAUAAUCUCUUUCUGCGCUGCGACUCUCACUCAAUCAUAUAUCUCGCAAACUAAGAAGGCAGGAGUGAGAGCCUGAGAGGCUACGACCUGCGACUCUCUUCAUUGAUGAUUUGGCUUCACUCACUCAGUCUGCAGCACAAACAGAGCCAGUGAACCCAGACGGCAAAGCAACUCAGAGUACAUUCAAACCUUUCACUUAAUACGAUUUUGGAAGCACCCUUUUUGUGGUCAACACAUACAAAAAUGAUGGAAUAGUGAUUGGUUUUAGUCUUCAUACAAUGGCCACCAAUGGAAGCAAACAACGUCAAGCUUCAACAGCUCCACCUCCUCGCACCCUUAAUGUACAAAAGUUUGCAGAAUCUCGAGCUUCCGAACUAGAGACUCUUCACUCCAUUGUUGCAAAUCGUUUAACUAAUGAUUUUCGGUUACGGAGGGACAAGAGGAGAAGAACGACGGGAUAUGACAAUCGAGGCCUGAAGCAUCGGUACAGAAAGAAACAGAAAGUAGGAGCCGUGGAUGUGGGCAAUGAUGUCACUUUGGAGAAAAAUAAGAAGGUAUCUCGUCGCACUUGCCGAAGAAUUGAACUUAGAAAGAAUGAGGAGAGUGGUUUUUGUACAUCUGGCGAUGGGACUAAGAGGCUGAGAACACACCUGUGGCAUGCAAAGCGAUUUAGGAUGACAAAGCUUUGGGGAUUUCACCUUCCUCUUGGUUUGCAUGGAAGAGGAAGAGGUUCAAGGGCUGUCUUGAAGUGUCUAAAGCACGGAGUGCUAGUGCAUGACGCAAGCUACUGUUCUGCUGUCCAAUUGGAUGGUCGAGAGGAUUUGUUAAUAUCGGUUCUAAGCACAGUUCUAGUUCCUUCUCGAACAGAGCAUUCCAAAGAUAUUUCCUAUAAAGUACUUUCUGGUGUCAUCUAUGAAAGCGCUAUGCUUCAUCAUGUUGGAGCACCUUUUUCUCAAGCCAUUGCCCCGGUGAUCUAUAUGUGGCGACCUUUUCAUGGGCAAUAUACACGGGUUUAUGCUGAAGGCAAUGGCACUGAUGGAUGUGAUGAGCUGCAUGGCAUUGACGGCUGUUCUUCCUUCCGCCAGGUUUGGAUAUGGAUUCAUGCUGCAGCCUUCAUAGAAGGGUAUAAUGCUCUGACUUCCGCUUGUCAAAGGCAGAUGGACAAAGCUGGUCUCUCAAUCAAAUGUAUUCCACUUGAGGGACAACUUGCAAGAUUAGAAGUUAUGGGGUCAAGAGCAGUUCAGCUUCUUCGAAAGAUAUUACAUCCUGUUACUCGUUCAGAUACUUCUUGGCAAUUGAAUAAAUGUUCAGUUAUUAAAACUGACAGUGAAAUUCAAUUUAAGAAUUCUUCUGUCCUGGGGAAUGAAGAUGUCAUCCCUUCUUCUGCAGUAAUUUCCCUUACAGUCAAUGAUCCUCGUACUUUGACUGAGGAAGGGGUUGCAGCUAUACCAGAAGCAAUGUCUACUGGUAUACUGGAAAAUGUGCCAGAAGAUGAAGUUAAAGAGCAUACAACCUUUGCAGGGAUUCCACAAAUGAACAAGGGGUUAGCUAAAUCAUUAUACUCGAAACCUGAAGAAAGCAGUGAUCUGCCUUUCUCUAUCGAUUUGUGGGACGCCAGCAAAGGGAUAUGUCCUCCGAUCGAAGAAAGUGUUCUUUGUAUGGAAAAACAUCAUCAGCGCAUGACUGUAUUCUGCCUUGGCGAUAAAAGUUCAAAGGCACGAAAUGCUCCAGUUAAGGGGAACUGUUCUAAACUGUGCCCCAUUCUGCUUUUAAAAGAUUAUGACAAGGGCUCAAUAACGAGAUGGUCUAUUAUACUCCCUUUAACUUGGGUAAAAGCCUUUUGGGUUCCUUUCGUCUCCAGUGGUGCUCAUGCAAUAGGUUUGAGAGAGAAGCAUUGGAUCACAUGUGAAGUUGGGUUGCCAUAUUUUCCUUCAGACUUUCCUGAUUGCGGUGCAUAUUCCAGUUUUAUGGAAGAUGAAGCAGCUGCCUCUCAUCAAAAAGCAAAACUUCGUCCUCCUUCCAUGAGGCCUUCAAAAGUUUCUAUUCCACCUCCAUGGGAUAGUGUCCAGUUUGCUUUUGAUGAAAAAUUCAUUGGAGCAGGAGAUGAUCAAAUGCUUCCUGAAAAGCCAUAUCAGCAGAAUAUGGUCAGUGACAACUCAUUGCCACAGUCUGGCUGUGAAAACGGUGACAUGGUAACACCUGCUAGUCACAGUGUUCCAUUUGGGGGAGUUGUGGCAAGGACAUCCUCUAUGCUAACUGAUUUUUUGAAAGAUAUCAAUGGUGAUCAUCUGCUUCUAUUUCCGAAUAUGGCUGAAGGAGGAAAAUGUAUUUCUAAAUUUAUGAAUGCUGAAAGAACGGUUAGGCCCAAUGGUGCCAUCUCCUUAAUUAGUUAUGGUAAAAGAAUAUGUUUCAUUAGAGUUCUUCUCCAUGCUUACAAGGAAGGGGUUUUUGAAGAGGGAGCAGUGGUUUGUGCACCUCAUUUUACUGAUAUAAAGUUGUGGACAUCCAGGUGGUUAUUCCUCUGGAACUAUUUCCCCAGAAAUUGUAACUUGUUUAUUUACUUAUUUGUUUUGGAGAUGGUGACGUGAGAAAGGAUGCAACCAUAUAACCCAUUGGACAAAGUUGCCUCUUUUUUAUGUAAACGUCAUGUUCUGUCUUGGGGUUUUGCCGGGUGACGUGAGAAAGGAAGGAGAAGGGAGAGGGGGGGGGGUGUUUGAACUUGAAUUAGUUGGUUCAUGGAGCUUAGAUGUUAUUUUCACUUGGACAUGCAUGUAAUCAUAUUUAUGUAUGAGAAAACUUGUCAAUUGGGAUCUUCUUUACUUUCACACUGUUUGCAUGUUUUACCUCAAUCUUGAUUUAUAAGAUGAUAAUAUUCCUACUUCUCUUAUAGUUUCUUUGGUAUCUUUUGAAUGAGCUUUAGUGAAAUAUUAUAUGAUCUUGAUAAAAUAAACACUGGUAACAAAAAGAAACUGCAGACUUGGUGCUUGGUAAGCAUUACAUGCCUAGACUACCAUGCUUCUUAAAGGAGUUCAUCAUCUCUGAUAUAAUUAUUUCUCCAUUAUAUGUGCAUGCAUACACAUAUGUGUAUGUAUAUAACAAUGUUUGAUAUUUAGAACUGCUGCAUGUGCCCCUACUAAACCACCUUCUUGUGAAACUAUGCAGCUCAGAGAAGGAUGAUGGAAAACUUCAAAUUCCUCAGUCUUUGUUGGGAUCAUUCUUCAUACAAUCACCAUCUGGUAAAUGGGAACUUAAAAUACCUGACGACCCUGCAGCAAGAGAGUCUCAUAGGUGGCCGCUCGGUUUUGUCACUACUGGUUUUGUUCGAGGAAGCAAGAAACCAGUGGCAGGGGCUCUGUGUGAGGCAUACUUACUUGCUCGUCUUAGACAAGAGCAGUGGGAUGCAGUGCCUGUGAAGCGGCGGAGGAAGGAGAUAUAUGUUCUGGUCAGGAAUUUGAGAUCAACAGCCUAUAGACUUGCUCUUGCCAGCAUAGUCCUUGAGCAACAGGAAGAAGAUUUGGAGUAUAUGUGAUGUUCUUCCUAUGUAUAAAAGCACCUGGCAGAAAUUUUUGUUAGCGUUUUUCUUUUUUCAUUGUAUAUGGUUAUUAGAUUUCAGUCUACAUCUAUUGGUUUUGAAAGAGUACGUGAUAGAUAGUCUUAAUCCUAUUUUUGGAGAGGCUGAUUCGUGGCUCAGACCCACGACAUAUUUCUUGGAUGAUGAGCACUUGACAGCGCGUUGUGGCCUGAUAAUGUUGUUACUCCCAAAUUUUGGUGGAUAGUCAGAGAAUUAGAGACACUGUCCUGCAACAAUAUAUUUAUUUUAUUUAAUGUGAUUCAGUUUUGUUUCUGUUUAGCAAUAUGACUGAGCCAUAUGUUUUUCAAAAAUAAUUGACAAUAAUUGGAUCCAAAUGUUUUGGAGCAAUGCAGGAACUCUAUCACUGUUAUAUUUUUAUUUAUCUAGUCAUAGAAAAUGAAAGCACUUGAAAAAAUCUCUGCAUUUUUU